AGGCUCUGCUGCAAUUGCUGGGAGACGGUCAGCAAUAAGAGAGUAUUUGCUGACUCUGUAGCAUAAAUAAUAUAAAUAAUAUAUGAAGAGAGUCAGAGAGGCAUGUAUUGUUUCUGAGGAAAGCACUGGCGGUCCCCACAGACAUGUUCUCCAUUUUAUCUCUGUAAGGUUGGAGCAAAGAACUACUUGAUGCAGAGAGGAGAACAACUACUAUGUCCUCUGAUGACAGAAGUUUGAAAACUCCUGGCUCCUUGCAUACUAGUAGUGGAGAGGAUGGUCUUGCAAAUCCUGGAACAUCACAUGCAUCUUGGAAAAGCUGCCUGCUCUGAAUCCUGUGUAUGCUAGAAAGCAUUUGUCUCACCAUUGGCUAGGAUGGUGCAUUUACCUUUAACCAAUCUAUUUGGGAGACUUUAAAAACGGGGGUUCUUUGUAAUACCUCACUUCUCAAUGGAGUAUGAAUUUCAGGUUCCUUUCUCUGCCGCAAUUCUUUCCAGCCACCUGCUCAGCCACACCCUUGAAAGAAAACCCACUGAAUGAGGAAGUAGAGUCAGGUAGGAUGGGGCAGAGGCUAGUUGAGAGGAAGGCUUUGCAUUGCUGGGACAAAGGGGUUUCCUCAAGCACUAAGAAAAACUUGUCAACUUUGACUCCUUCCACAAGCUGUAGAAUUUUUCUGAAGAAGCUGACAGGGUGAGGGCAGAGUGCCCGUGGAGUUGCUAGCCUCUGGCAAGGAGCAUUCCUUCCCAGGGUACUAAUGGUCAUGCGGUGCUUCCUGAGGCGUUCACUUACAGUAGCCAUUUCCCUGCUCGUAUUCCUGCUCCUUAUAAGCCUGUCGCCUUGGCCCCAAGAGGAUUCUGAGAUAAAAGAAAUGCGGGAAUGGGUUCAGGAUGCAGGGCUACAACAACUUCACACCGACUGGAACCUUCAUAGCCUCCAAAAUCUAGGCAAUGCAACCAACUUCCUGAACAUCUCAUAUCGCUAUCUUGCUGGCAUUCCCCCAUUCGAGAAAAAGUUUCUAACUGUUGGGCUGUGUUCAGUCAAACGGAAGCGAGAAAACUAUCUUCUGGAAACCCUACGGUCUGUCUUUGAACAAUCAACACAUGAAGAACUGAAGGAGAUGGUGGUAGUGGUACACCUAGUUGAUCCAGAUGAGGAAUGGAAUGCUCAAGUGCUGGAGAAAAUUGCCAGGAGGUUUGCUCUCCAAGUCCUGCUGGGCCGUCUGCUAGUUAUCCACACUCCUGCUGAAUACUACCCUCCCUUGGAAGGCCUAAAAAGGAAUUUCAAUGAUGCCGAAGACCGUGUGCGAUUCAGAUCCAAGCAGAAUGUGGAUUAUGCCUACCUCAUGAACUUUGCAGCCAACCUCUCGACCUACUACCUCAUGGUUGAGGAUGAUGUCCGCUGUUCCAAGUCAUUCUUCACGGCCAUCAGGAAGGCAGUGGCGUCCCGUGAGGGCUCCUACUGGGUCACUCUGGAGUUCUCCAAGCUUGGCUACAUUGGCAAGCUCUACCACACCAGUGACUUGCCACGGCUUGCUGAGUUCCUUAUGCUCUUUUACCAAGAGAUGCCGUGUGACUGGCUUUUUGUGCACUUUCGGCUUCUUCUUACCCAGAAGGAGGUAAUUCGUUUCAAGCCAUCCCUCUUCCAACACAUUGGCCACUACUCUUCCUUCCAAAACACGGAAAAUAAGCUGAAAGAUGAAGAUUUUGAAGAGGACCCCUCUACAUUCCCUGACAAUCCCCCUGCGGAUAUGAUUACAGAUAUUAAGACAUUUGAAAAUUAUUUACCCAAUAAGGCUUACAGCAAUGUAGAAGACUACUUUUGGGGCAAGACCCCUUCUGCUGGGAAUUCAUUCAUUGUGGUGUUUAAGCAGGCCACUCGUAUCUUCCGCAUCCAGAUCCGUACAGGAUCUGAACAGCGCCCAGGGGACUAUCUCCGGGCCGGACUUGUGGAGUUAGGCACCCAGAAGUACCGGAGUGGCUUGCGUUGUAGCAGCUAUGUCCCCAUUGGACACUUUGAGCAUGGAAACUUUGACAAGCAGAAUCUGGAGAGUAGCGCAGUCUCUGCCCCCAAGUGUGUGCGCAUUAUGGUGACUCUGAAUCAGAGCGAGUGGCUGAUCAUAAGCAGCAUAAGCAUCUGGACAAAGCCUGGUCCCUAAAUGAACCCAGGCUGGAUGAUUAGGGCCUCUUGUAACACAGGAACCUUGCCUGUGGUCUGGUCCUCUCUUGAUUCAACAAUUUAGUGGGCAGAGGAGGGAAAUGCAGAUUGUGUCUUCUCUGACAUAAUGAGCGGCUAUAAUCCUUACAAAUCUAGGUAUUAACCCAAAGCAUCAAUAUUCACCAGUAAUUCUGGCAAUUUGCAGCAUCUUUCGCUGCACCUAUCAGAUGAUAUGUCCUACUAAAGUUCUCUCUGUCUGAAGACUGGGCUAGCUUGUACCCAUCUUUAUUUUCAUGAUCCCAUUGACAGUACGUUUGUGUGUGUGCGUUUGUAUGUAUGCACGCAAUGGCAAUAUAAUUGGAGACUGAAACAGAAUAGCAAGCCCAGCUUGUAGCCACAGAAACCUCCUACCAGAAUUCCCCUUGGCUUUGUGCCAUCCAUAUCUACUAUCCCUGGAAAGGAGAUGAGCUAUGAUUUUGCAACCUCACCUAUGUGUUAUGGAAGCAAAGUGUAGAGGAAGGGCAUAGUCCACCAGUUCCCUAGCUUAAACCACUGCCACAGGUGCUGGGGUCUAAAGUGAAGCACAGCGACCCUAGAAGUGACAGUGUAACAGGAAUGAUAUCAAACUGCGCAUCAAACCUACUGGGAGCACUUUAAAAAAAAAAAAUCUAAAGAAUUUUUCACUAAACAGCCAGGCUUGUUCACCUGUGUUACAUUCGCCUCCGUCAUGAUUUCCCACUAACCAGAUAGAUUCACAUCUUUACUUUUAUCAUAUUGUCAGUCCCUAAAUCAUCUGGUCCAGAAUGACUGCUAGAUGUUUCUUUAGUAGAAGUUAAUACAUGGGACCUGCAGCAAAACAUUGUGAUAUGGAGUACUGCUGCUCAGAAUGGCAGCCAGCCAUGACCUUUUGCAGGGUGCGCCAUUCCAUUCCCCCUUCCCAUUUUCCCUUACUCCCCCCUCAAAUGCCACUAGCAUUGUGUGGCCACUGAGCAAGAUCAGUCUGCAUUGGACUGUUUUGGAUUUUCCCAGACCUAAAUAUUUUUGUACUUCUGCACACCCCAAGCCUGGUGCUGCCUCUUUUUCAGGCACUGGAUGGAUCCAUACUCAGUGAGUUUGCUCUUCGUAUAUAGGAUGGUGAGGAGAUCAACUCCAGAAUGUGAAACCCUCUUACCCUGUCUGAGAAAAGGGGCUGAUGGAAAAUCUGUGUGUGGAGCAACAGUUGAAGCUGUUUGAAAUGGAGACAGAAGCAAAGUAGAGGAGGCAGAGAGUUAGCAAGGAAUCCGGAAAUAUUUUGGGGCGCAGUGUGCCUCUCUUCGAGGAUUUGAUGUCAGGCAGUGGUACUUGUCUCCAUCUACAUUCUACAACUUGGGGGGGGGCUGGUUGUAAUUAAACCACAUAUUCAAGAAAUGAUUUAAAUAUCCAUUGCUCUCUCAGGAACCUACAAUCACUUAGGGAAGUGUCUAAUACUACUACCGUGACCACAAGGUGGGUGACAUUAUGUAACUAAGAACAGUCUCUCUUUUUGGAGAAGUAAAAGUUUGAUUUAAACUUGCAUAGACAGUCUUCUGUAUUUUUAUAACUUUCAGGUAUCCUCCCCCUGAAAAAAAAAGUUUCCAUCUCUAAACGUAAAUCUGUGUGUAACCUACGUUUUGUUUUAAAAAUAUACGCUACUGAGAACUAGUGUUGCAUAGAUUUCAAAUGUGUAAGCUGUGGAGGUUUCUCAUUCUGUGAAGGUGGUUAGCAUGUAACACUAAGCCAAACCAUGGCUUAGCACAAAUGCAUGAGAGAAGAUUGUGGCCACUGUACCCUUCCUCCAGUUCUGCUGGUACUGUGAAUGAGGCAUGGUGUGGCUUAGAGUGUCCACAAGAAUCAGAAAUGGGGCUCUUGGUGUCUCACACUCUAGACAAAACCACAAGCUGCAACCAAAGUUAAUAAAAGUAUAUCACUAUA